ACGUAUGAAUCUAGAUUUUCCUUUCUCCGCAUACAUAAUUUGGACCGCAACUGUAUUAUUUACUCAUUACGCGGCACUCCGAUUAACACAGACAUUAACCGGAGGGCCAUCGCCACGGACCCCACUGAACGCGACAACAAAAUCGAUCUUACAAAAUUAUCAGCAAACAACAUUCUUAGCACCCAACUUCAACUCCUUUUUGGCUAUCUUCUCUGGACUGAAAAAUCGUAAUCAACAUGAUGUGGGAUGAGUGGCUCGACGACGCCAACAAUUUUAAUGAAGCCCAGUACCACCAAACAGGCCAAGACGACCAAGAUUCUCAUGCUAAUUUUGAUUUUCUUUCUCUUCUAGCAAAACCUAAGGACUAUUAUAAGAUUUUGGAAGUGGAUUAUGAUGCUACGGAAGAGGCUAUUAGGUCCAAUUACAUUCGUCUGGCGCUGAAAUGGCACCCAGAUAAGCAAAAGGGCCAAGAUUGUGCUACUUCUAGAUUUCAAGAGAUAAACGAGGCUUACCAGGUUUUGAGUGAUCCUGUCAAAAGGAGGGAAUAUGACAGCAAAGGGAUGCUUUAUGUCUAUGACUGUAAUGUAGUUGACUAUCUAAACCGCUACAAGGGCCUUAUAUUAACAUGCAAUGGCCUUGGGAUGAGGCAUUCAAUUUUGUAAAGCCAAAUACAGUGAGUAAGAUGUCCCAAGGAUUUCAUUCUGCAAAUUCACAAAUUUGCUGUUGCUACGAGUAGCACUGAGGGAAUGAACCGCAGCACAGUUUGUAUGUAUGGGAGGUUGACAUUAUCAGACACUUUUGUAUAAAAUAGAAAAUAUUCUCAUCAUAACAUCAUUGUAUAACAUCGUAGGUUGGCCA